UUGCAAAUAGUUUGUAAAACUAAAUAAUUUGUAAAAACAUACUAAUUGUGGAUGCUGUGAAUUGUAACUCUUUUAUACGCUUGUUUCAGGGAUUAACGUGCGCCGACGUCAUUGUGAAGCGGAGUUGAAUUUCUGAUUAAGAUAUUUUCCGAUUACAGGAGUAAUGAACACUGUGCUUGAAGACCUGAGGGGCAUCAUCCUCAGAACUUUGCCAACAAUAUCCAAAGACACUCAACAGGCAUUGAUGGAUAAGCUGCUAAACUCUGGACUGGAAUCUACACAAGACCUUAAAUAUGUGACUCAAGAAGAUAUUACUGACCUACUGCCAGCCAUUCAACUACGGAAGCUUCUGGAAGCAUUUAAAAAAGAGACAGAGGUGGUCACUUUGGACCUAGAAAUACUUCCUUCCCCUAUACCAGCAGUCAGCACACCUUUAGUUCUUCCUUGUUCCAGUCCAUCAAGUGUACCCUCAGUCUCAAAUCAAGGAUCUAGCAGCUCUGAAGAUUGUGGUCCAUCCUUUCAAAUAAAAAAAACAUGGCCAGAGACUUUCCAAAUUCCAUGGACAACCAUGCCUGUGGAUGUUCGUUCAGCGAUGGCUGAUGGCAAGAGACCUUCACCGGCAGCACGGAGACAGAUGGUCAGAGUUUUGGCAGACGAGAUGAGGAAAUAUGAACUAAAUCCCAUGCGCUCACAGUGUGUCACUGUCUGCCAAAACAUCAUCCGCCAGUAUCCUCAGAGUUUUGCUGAUCUCCGUGACAAUGGUCAGGUACUAGGAAAUGGUUAUACCUCACUGUUAAUUCAACUUAAAAACAGAAUUGAAAAUCUGAACCGCACCACAAGCUUUCGCCAGCACCGUUCCUCUGGUGAUGGACUAAAGAGAGGGCCUACUGAUACCUAUGGCUGCACCAGAUUCCAGCCUGACCUCCCACCAGAGGAGACAGAUGAAACCGUGGAGCAGAAACGUCAGCGGCUGGAUGAGAUAUAUCAUCGAGUAGGAGUUAAUGGGGUUGAAAGAGUCGAGGUUAAGCAACUCAUGGAAACAACCUUUUGCAUACAGCGUCGGCAAAUAAAUGCAUUACCAGCACCAGCCAUCACAGAUUUAAGAGGGCAGUGGCCAUACCUUUUCACUCAGAAAGGGCUUUAUGCUCAUUUUGAGCUUCUUACAGAUAUCAACAUUUUACGUGCGCUUGAGCUGUCCAUGGAGGAGUGUGGAAGAAUCAUUGCAGAGUUCUUCAGCAACAAACCCAGCAACGCUGACGUCAGGGCAGUCCUUUCACUGCGCUCAGACCUCGAGCUGUUCUUCUUCGUCAUUCAACUUCUGAUGGCUCAUUUUUCAGAGACCCAGGAAGGGCUGAUCCUUUUUGCCAAUGCAUCUUCCACUGCAGCUGAUGUCGAAAGGACACUUGCACUACCUGCAACUCCCCGACUAUUACUCCUUGGUGACUAA